CGUGCACUAACUUGUACCUAAGUCUGACUUAACGUUUAGUUCUAAAAGGUUAUGAGCCCUGACUAUGCAUAAGGAGUCAGAACCUCUAGACGCGUCAGACUACCAGACACUGUUUAUAGGCCUCCUCUACGCGCCGUUCUGACAAGUGUCGAACGCGUGUUUUCAUCGGCGGGCGCGCGUACUGAUAUAUCGAUACCCCGCGCUCAGACCAUUAUCCUUCCCUUAUUGGGAGCGCUUCUUCGAGGGAUCCUCAAGUCGCGCAUAUAUAUACCUCGCGGCUUGUACUACCUUACCCCAACUCACUUAACCUCUUCCCUCAUCAUAAUGGCCCCCCAUACUCGUGCGAGGACCGAUCUUGAUGGAACCACAAACCCGCAGCCCCUGCUUAAUGUUGCAACACCUUCUGCAGUGCCUCCCUUCGUGCCACAAGCCACUCCGUCGGUUCCAGCUCUCCCUGCACCUAACCUGUAUGCGUACUAUCCUACAUCAUCAGCUGUCUCCAUUACAGCGUGUCGUAUCUCAAAAGCCGAUCUCGACAAGAUUGAGCUCCUGGACAGAGCGAAGAACAACUGGACCUCGUGGUCCGAACUCAUGCUGGAGGUUUUCCACAUAAACCUCCUUGAGGGCUACACUACAGGUACAAUUGCUCGCCCUGAUGUGACACGCGAGCCUCUGGCCGCCAGGAACUGGGACUUGAACAACACAGGCAUAGUUGCAGCGCUGCGCAACCGCAUCUCCCUAGACGACAAGCGUGUCCUCGAUAGCAUUACCGGUGCGCACAGGGCGUGGACCACCUUACGCUCCCGUCACCAGAAGCUCGGGCCCAUAGCACAAAUUCUGAAGAUCUAAGAGCUACUCAAUGUGCGCCCCCAGUCCGUUAUCUGGGGAUAGAGGUACUUAAACAUUUAGUUCUAAAAACAGUGCACCGCACUGGACGAUGCUACCGGUGAAUGGGCAGUGCAGUUAUGAACACUGACGACUUGUCUGCAUUUACGGCAGAGUCAGUCGAUGCUGGACGACGCAAAAUGGAUGCCUG